AUGCUCGGAAGAACACCCACGGCAGCUCUUCGCUCAGGUCGGGCACUGAGAGUCCAUCGACCAGUCCAAAUCCCUCGACAGCCUCGCAACGUCCGCUUCCAGUCUACAGCUCCCGCCAAAGCUACAACUGAUGCCUCGUCAUCUUCAGGCAAUGCCCUGCUGGGUGGCUUGGCUGGUGGCACCUUUGCAUUCGUGCUAGGCUACAUGUGGUACCAGUUCUCGGGUGCCAAAACUGCCUUGAACACAAUACACUCUACGAAAGCUUACGUUGACGACGUCUUUAAGAAGACUACUCAGAAUGCCCCGGAGCCGAACCAAGCCAUCCAGUGGUUGAAGGAGACGGUACAAAGCUACGCAAGGAUGAUUCCGGGAGCCUCAAAAUACGUCGAUUCAGCUUUCCAAGAUGUGGACAAGAUUCGGGAGAAGCAUGGAGACGACGUAGACGAGAUCGUCAACGACACCUACAAGAAGCUGAAGGACGUCACCAAGAAGGGGUUCAGCAUGGAAGCUGUCGUGCAAGCUUGGGAGGUUCUUGAAGAUUGCUUCAAGAGAAUCGGCAGUCUGGCUGCCAGCGCCGGGCAAGACAUCCUGGACAACCACCCCCAACUAAAGAGUCAGUUCGGAGGUAGGUUCGAACAACUGCAGCAGAUGGGCGAGCAGUACGGCCCGGAAGCCAAGAAGGCAGUCGACGAGACAUGGCAGCAAGUGCGUGAUAUUCUGGCUGGCGGUGUUAGCUUCUCGACAGUACAGAAGGUUCAAGAUCUGCUGCAAGAGAAGUCACAACAGCUGAAGAAGUACGGUGAUCAGGCGUGGCAGAAGGGCAUGGAACAAGCCAAGCCGCUUUUGGACAAGCAACCGGAGCUCAAGAAGCUCAUUGAGGAGAACAAGUCAAAGCUGCUUCGUGGCGAUCUGGGUCAACUGUGGCAGAAGGUCCAAGAGGCGGCCAAGUCAGGAAACGCAGACGAUCUUCAGAAGUUCGUCAAGGAUCAAGUGGAUAAGGCCUCCGAAAGUGCCGGCGGUGGCAUUGAGCAGCUCCUCAACAUGUUGCCUGGUGGAUCGGACAUUGGACAAAAGUUGCAGCAGUUGCAAGAACUCAGUCAGAAGCAUGGACAGGAGGCAGAGAAGCUGGUCAGAAGCGCGAUUGACGAUGUGAAAAAGGUCUUGUCCCAGAAGGUCGAAGAAGGACAGAAACUGAAGGAGAAGGUCAAGUCGGAGGCAUGA